AAUUUUAUUUGACUUUAAUUGUAAAUAUGUCUCACGACUGUGGUAUUGCAACGGGCAGCAUGGGCGCCCGUGCACACGGCCUUCCCUCCCUCUCACUCCCUCCAUCCCCCUUUGCCCCUAACCCCUUCCCUCCCCUUGCUUUCCCCUCUUGUCGUUUCUUCGGUGGUAGCUGACGACACUAGCGCCAUCUGAGCUUAGUUUAUUUAAGGCCUUGCGCCCCCUAACUCUUCCUGUUUCGACGCUGGGACACCGACCGAUCUACACGCCCUUUAAGGUACGGUUGACUUCAAAUUGAGUGAUUGCGGAAGGGACGCGGUGGCCGCUCCCGAAAUGUAACGUAAAUGUUAUAAUUCUCCUUUCUUGUUAUUUCGAAAUUAUUGUUUUGGCCGCCACCUUGUAAAUUCCGAUUAGUAUUUUCUGUGGGUUUUCCUCCCGUUGUCAACCGUGCCUCGUAAGAUGUUUUCGUUAUUUUUCUUUGUUCAUUUGGUGGUGUAUCCCAGCGUUGGCAGCCAAGGUGAUCAGGUUUAGUUUGUUUGUGUAUUUACGUUCCCUGUUCGUCAUAAGUAUUUAAAGGGCAAAGUUAAAUUUUAUAUAUGAUAUACUGCAUGUAAACUUUUGUUCAAGUUGACAUCGCGUCGUGUAAUAAGGGUCUUCUCCCCCGUGUGUCUAAUGGGACCGUGUAUAAAUCAUGUAUCAAUAAUUAAUGUGUUAUAAAUUGAACAUGUGUAAUUAUCUUCUGCAAUUGUUGAUCGCCUUGAUUUUAUAACAGUCGUUCGGGAAACGUCUCGUUUGAUGGUAAUUUCACUGUUGAUUAUUUGUUUGUUGUUAGUGCAAGGCAAUCAGUUUACCACUCUGAGAAAACCCCUCCCAGAAGGGGCCUAAAGUGUUAUAGAAAUUAUUCACUACCACGCGGGUGCAACUCUGCGCUACUCUGCUGUCUCAGAGUUUCUGUGUUUUCUGUUUGUCUGUUUCAUGACCAUGGCUAUUGCCGGUGGAGUGUCGUGGAUUUACCAACUGCAUCGUGAGGACCUGGUGCUCCACUUAGAGGAAAAUGGGCUUACUGUUGCCCCAGGGGAAACCGUGGUUUCCAUGCGGUCCCGUCUCGUGCAGUUCGUGCGAGAGUCGAGUGCCUCCCCCCCGGGAGACCCGCCGCGGCAGUCUCCUCCGGACCGCACUUCGUUGCAACUAAAAAAAUGCUGGGAAAAUAUGAAGAUGAAAAAGAGGAAGGAGCUGGCUGCAGAAUCCCGGUAUAGAAUGGGAACAGGGGGUGGACAUUUCAUCCUCAGCAAGCCUGCACAUGAUGGAGCAGUGCCUCACUUAACUGAAAAUCUUGGUUUUCUCUGGGACAGAGAUGCUGUUGCAGUGGAAGAGGCAGCUGCUGUCCCAGAGGAGACUGCUGUGGAAGCUGUGCCUCAUGAUCCAGCUCCUGCUACUUCAACUGCACCAGUCCCUCAGACUUCUGCCCAAGGCAACUAUUUGAAUAUUGUAUUGUGUCUGUUCUCACACUUCAUUCAAAAGUAGCAAAAUGUCCAGUGUACUGACUGAAAACAUUUGAGAAAUUAGGAAAUGGUGGUUUGAGUACUAAUGAUGCUUGAUUGUC